AGCACUCGUCUCCAUAUGCUUUCGUCAAUAACGUUGGCGAUUGUCGACCCCGUGCACAACGUAUUCGAUCUGUUUAUUCUGGUUCAUUGCGACUGUGCGUUGACAGUUUGCGCCUUGCGGCAGAAAAUAUCGCCUGACAUCUCAGUGACGUUACAUCGACAGUUUAUUUCAAUUAACAGCAGCUGCGGACAGCGUACUGAAAUCCUUUCUACUGACAUCUCUUGCAUUCAUAAACAAUUCAAAAUGUCUUUAUAUCCGACAUUGGAAGAUAUGAAAGUGGAUCAAAUGAUGAAGGCACAGAUACAAGCCGAGUCACAGUAUGUUGACUCGGAACCGAUCGAAUCCACGGCUCCUUCAGCUCCGGCUUAUGUUCCUUCUGCACCCAGUAUGUUGUAUCCAUCCUUGGGAGAUUACAUGGGUCUCGAGCUGAACGAAGAAACCAUUGCACAAAAUAUGCCCGAAUAUGCGCUCGCUACACGCCAAAAUGCGAAUAAUGUAGCCCUUACUUCAAUGGAUGCAACACAUGGCCCAUUAGCAGGAAUGAUUGCUCCUUUGUCAGGACAAUCCAUGGUUUUACAGAAAGCUCAUGUAACAAAUGGUAUCAGAGAGUUGACACUUUGUAAGGACGGUGAUGGAAAAGUUGGCGUUAGAGUGCAUACGAUUAACAAUGGAGUCUUUGUGUGCCUCGUGAGUCAAAAUUCUCCAGCGGCGAUGGCUGGAUUACGUUUCGGUGACCAAAUUUUGAGCAUCAACGACGUAUGCGUUGCUGGAUACUCAAUGGAUCAAGUGCACAAAUUCUUCCGUAAUGCGAACGUUAAUGGGAUCAAAGUAGUCGUGCGUGAUAGACCAUUUGAGCGUACUGUAACGAUGCACAAAGACAGUACGGGUUACAUCGGAUUUCAAUUUAAACACGGAAAAAUAAUUGCUCUAGUGAAAGAUUCGUCGGCCACACGAAACGGACUUUUAACCGAUCAUCAAAUACUCGAAAUUAACGGAAAGAAUGUGAUCGGAAUGAAGGAUAAAGAUAUUACGUCAGAGAUUGAAAAAGGUGGAGACAUCAUCACCGUAACGAUAAUACCGUCGUACAUUUACGAUCACAUGGUGAAAAAAAUGUCCAACAGCUUGUUGAAAAAUUUAAUGGAUCAUUCUGCGCUGGAUCUUUAAACGGAAAUCGUCCUAUAUGCCCUAUAAAGCCAAUUACCAAUGGGCACGUGCAUUAUUUCUCGUAGCAUAGUUUUCAUUACAAAAAAAAGUAACGAAUACGCUACAUAUCGUACGCCAUAAGCAUAUUUACAAGAUGCCAAUCAUAUUCCCAUAGUAAGCGUAUAUGUGAUACCUAUUUAGAAAUAGCCUAUAUUACGUGUUGGAAUUGUGUGUAUUUCGACACUAAUUGGCUGAAAUCACGAAAAGAUAUUUAUCAGAGAUUAUUUUUUUAUACAGAAGCACAUCUAAACUUGCAAAAAAUAUGCAGAUCUAAAUAUUCAACUCCAAACGCAAGGAGAAAAUUUCUAAUUACAUUCUAAUAGCAUAAAACAGUUAUAUUUGCACUUGUAAGAUGAGCCAUGUUAUAUUUUCUAUUGUAUUUGAAUUUUUUAAAUCCAUAUCGUUAUUUAGAACAGAGUUAUUUAUCUUGCAAUUAUAUUAAUAUGUUAUAUGACAUUACUUUUUUUUUAUUUGAAAAUAUUUUAAACGCAUGUUUUUUUUAUCUUUUGAUUCUUGGUUCGUAGGAAUGAAAUAACGAAUUGAAUACUUUGAGUAUUAUUAUCAUUUGAACUACACAUUUUUAAUAUGAAGUAACUUGUUUAAAUUCUUCAUAUAUAUGAAGAAUUAAAAAGAAUCUUUUCUUCAUAAAAUUUUAGGAAUUUCGUUCUAACAAGUUGCAAUGUUCCUCCAUGCAUGUAAGAAAUUGUUUCGUGAAAAUGAGCGAUUAUUACAGUUAAUGGACAAGCAUUAACUAUUUUUGGUUACCCUUUGAAUAUCUUUUUUAUAAAUUAUCCAUUUUAUAUUAUACAAUAGUAUUAUUUAUUUGCAAUUUCCUGACUGCUGUAUUUAUCACAAUGGUAGAAACAUAAUAAAAUAUAAAAAUAACAAUUAAGAAACAAGAAAUGAAAUGUGUAAUUACCAAUCUUUUUCAUGUACUUUUCAAUAUCUUUAAUCAAAGAUAAUUGAUGUAAAUCCUUAGCAUAAAUCUUUUAGUGAAUUCUUUAGGAAAAGUAUUUUGCUUCUUCGAUUAUAAUUUACAAAAUAUUUUAUUAAUACAACUUUUUAUCUAUCCUUAGAAACUGUUGAUAUUAGUAUUACUUCUUUUUGAUAAAUAAAAAGAUAUUAGAUUUAAUAGACGACGAGUGUUCUUAUAUUUGAAAAAUGAAACAGAACUUGUAUAGUUAAUUAACAAUAGAGAUAAACAUAUUUCAAGAACAUUU